AUGGCGGAUGAGGUGUCGCUCGCUGAGCAGGAGGCUCGGUUGAAGAAGAAGUACGGCGGGGCUCUGCCUAAGAAAAAAGGGCUGCUUUCCAAGGGCCACGAGAGGGCCUUUUUCGACUCCGCCGAGUGGGCCAUCCAAAAGCAAAAGGGCGCCAAGCCGGCAGCACCGGCAGAGGAGGGUCUGCAGCCGAAGCUAGAGCCUACCCCACAUCAACCUGCCACGGGUCGUCGCUCCGGACUGGCUGAAAAUUGA